AUGGCUCAAUCGCCUGACCAGGUCGUCGACCAGGUCGCACAGCUCAAUGCCGCCCGGAAGCUCGUUCUCAGCGAUGCCGCCCUCUACCCGCAAAUCGUCAACGGCAUCCUCCCCAUUGUCGGAGCCACCGCCAGGCUAGAAUUACGAAGAUGGGGCGCGGACUUCCUAGCAGAGACAUUCGCGACUCCAAUACUUGCGACUUCCCAGAAACAACAACUUGCUCCGACGGUCCUCGCCUCGAUUCAAGAGAUCCUCGCGCUUCCGGAGACAGACAGCGCGGUCCUCGCCAGCUUGAUCCAGACAUGCGCGAGUCUAUAUCCGCUCAUCUUUCGUCAUGUUGUCAAUAACCCCAACGAUAGCAAGGCGUGGGAAACGAUGAACGCCGUGAAACAAGAAAUUCUUCGCAAAAUGGAUUCCUUCCCUUGUUCGGUCAAAAUCUGCUGUAUCAAGUUCCUUCAGCGGGUAGUCCAGGUUCAGACACCCGGAUUGAUCGCGGACCCCAGACGGCCCGACCAGAAUGAGACCUCUCUCGCCGUGGUGCCCCGGAACCACGCACUCCUGUCCAUCCCACAACUCGAGGCGGAGUCAUCAGGCCUACUCGACCGACUCCUGGAUGUACUGCACGAAGAGACAUGUAAUCCACUCUUUGUGAACGCCACGCUCAAUUGUCUGGCGCCUCUUAUUCGUACACGACAAUCAAUUGCGAACAAAAUUAUCCAGACCAUCCUGGAUUUCUUUCCCACGAAACAUGUUCAUCCGCCAUUCACACCCACAGUCCGCGUUGGGGUCAAGUCAAUGGAGAGAACCGCUCGCGCAUUGCUUUUCAAUGUGAUGAAAAAGAACCCUAGCCAUCCACUCAUGGGUAAAAUGCAACAGUACAUCGAUCGCCUGAUGCAGUCCCGACUGGAGGCGACUGAAGAUGCUUCUCGGAAGCGUGGAUUGCCUGCUGAGCCCACAGAUGGGCUGGACAACACGAAGAGGGCUCGCCUUGAUGCGUUGACCCCACCGCCGCUCAAGAUCCCUCCUCUGCCCCCAGGCCCGACCAGCUACGACCAGCUCUUCACCCUCACACAAGACAUCGGUCUCUCCUCCUUCGAUGUGAAGCAGCUUCCCCCUGAUAUUGUCGUGAAAAUCGCUGUUCCCUUGUUGGCGCAAGUCAAUCCGUCGCUGCUUACUCAAGCUGUAGAUGCCAUACGAAAUCGAUACGAAACCAUCACGAAGGAGCAAAAUCAAAAACGACAACAGCUACAUCUAGCUGCCGCCACUGCAGCGACCGAAGACGACGAUGACUACGAACCCGACUAUGAGCCGGAAGACGUUGGAGCAGAUGCGCCGGGCGAGGCUGCUGCCAUUGCACAGGAGGAGGCCGAACUGGAGCCGGAUCUGGUCUCCUUGGGGCCAUUCACCCUCCCCCAGCCACCGCCAUUGUCUGAGGAAGAGGCCAGCGACGUCGGUCGCAGCGCCGUGUCCCGGGUGUUCGGCAUGAUCGAUGCCGUGGACGUGGCCUCAUCUUCGUCCUCACAGAACAAGGCUCAGCAACUGGGCUUUGCACGACUCGCCGGAAGUACAUUCGACAGGGAAGCUUGGGUCAUUCUCCUUACUCGUCUGGCUACUCGCGCCCCAGCUGGCCUGGAGGGUGAUGCCAAAGCCAAGAGUGGUUCAGCCUCGGCGAAACGGCAACCAGCAAUCUCUGAUUCGAUCCGAGAGACAUUCUAUCGGUACAUCUUGGAAGAUUUCCGACCUCGUCUCAAAGUCGGAAUCACCUGGCUGAACGAGGAAUGGUACAAUGAUCGCGUUCGAAUGAAAGCAGCAAACCAGGAGCGAACGAAUGAAGACGAAGAAACCAUGGUCACACUCUACUAUGACACUUGGGUUCUCCGUUUGCUCGACGGCUUCUUACCAUAUCUUGAUUCAAAGGACAUCAAGAUCUUGGUGCGCUUCCUCAGUGAAAUCCCCGAGGUCACCAUCGCUAUCACGCAGCGAGUGGCAAGUCUAGCUCGGGAUCCCGAGCGCGUAACUUUGACCGUACAAGCCCUGAUGUACCUGAUCAUGUUCCGCCCACCAGCGCGAGAAAUGUGCCUCAACGCCCUAGAAGACGUUUAUCAGACUUACGAGGAAUCAAGACCCGCUGCUGGCAAAGUCCUCGCCAGGUGGCGCCCACAAGCACUACCUACGCCAGCUGAACAGACAACCACAAGGCCCGCGGAAUCUACACAAUCUGCGACGCCGACCGAGCCGCAACCACCGACGACAGCCUCAACAUGA